AUGAAGUUUGAGUUUCCUGACGAGGAUGUAUUGUUUCUCAAAGAAUAUUAUAACAUACCAAACCCAGAUAAAGGCCCAGAACCAGGAUCGUGGUGGACGCUCGUGUUCAACGGUGCUUCAAAUGCUUUAGGAAACGGUGUGGGAGUUGUCAUUACUUCUCCCACGGGUUUUAAUAUUCCCUUCAUUGCCAGAAUCUGUUUUGACUGCAUAAAUAACAUGACCGAAUAUGAAUCUUGCAUCUAUGGGAUUGAACCUGCUAUUGAUUUGAGAAUAAAGUAUCUUGAGAUAUAUGGGGAUUCUGCUCUGGUUAUCAGCCAAAUCAAUGGAGAUUGGAAGACGCGUCACCCAAAUCGGAUUCCAUACCGAGAGAAUGUGAUGAAAUUGAUCCCAUACUUUGAGGAGAUCAUGUUUGAUCAUAUUCCAAGAGAAGAAAACCAUUUAGUAGAUGCAUUGGCUACUCUGGCAUCCAUGUUUAAAGUUAAAUGGGCAAAUGAGCCCCUCCAUCAGCAUUAUGAGGUUGGAUGA